AAACCCGAUGCUAAGUUCAUAUAUGUACAACGACGCACGGACGGCGAUAGAUAUCGUUUCCAACUUUUAUAUGUUGAUACGUAUACACAGUGGUCGUACACGCGCAAUAAAUUAUUAUUUAUUUUUUAUAUUCAUCAUAGCUGGGGGAUUACCACUGUGAAAAACCGACAAACGGCAAUAACCGUUCACCCUUUUGAAGAAUACGUAAUACAAUUCGACGAUCGACAACUGUGCCGGACUCGACGAGCUUUUCCACGCUUUAAUACCUACUUGCCUCCGACAUUGGAUUACAGUUCGUUUUUAGUACACCCAGUUUGGCGGAUUAUAUUGUGUCAUUUUUAAUCAUCUGACCGCGGUACUAUCUAUUCCGUGAAAUGAAUGGCGAUCAGAAGAAAUCAACUUUUGGCACAGCACUGUUGAAUUUGCACAGCGGUUUCACGGAUUCGCUGCCCGGGAGAGAAAAACACAUAGAAUGUUUAAAAUCAUUCCUGAAAAAACAUCUUGAAGAUAACCGGUCGGUUUCUAUGUACAUAUCUGGACCGCCAGGUACCGGUAAAACCGUGUCUCUUCAUUCAUUGUUUAACAGUGAUUUGGUUACUGACAACUUCACCAUAGUGUAUGUGAACUGUAGUAUGAUAAAAUCUGCCAAUCGUGUAUAUGCUAAAAUUGCUGAAAUGUUAAAAAUCGGAUCAGGUACACAAAGAGAAUGCAUAUCGACCAUUGAACAGUACUUGAAAGCUAAACACAAAUCUAUUCUCAUGGUACUUGAUGAAAUUGAUCAACUAUCAUCUAAAAAUCAAUCAAUAUUGUAUCAAAUAUUUGAGUGGCCAAGCAUUCCACACUCAAAUAUGGUUGUUAUAGGUAUUGCAAACUCUUUAGAUCUUACUGAUCGAUUAUUGCCUAUGUUAAAAACUAAAGUUUCUUUACAACCAGAAUUAUUGAAUUUUCCACCAUAUACAAAAAUAGAGUUAGCUAAUAUCAUAUCUCAUAGAUUAGAAAGUGCAGGAGUUGCAGAAUUAUUUCCUGUCAAUGCAAUUCAGCUUUUAUCUGCAAAAAUUGCUUCUUUUCGAGGUGAUAUACGUUAUGCAUUGGAUGUUACAAGAAGAGUUAUCGAGUUAGCAGAUGAUAAAAUUGACAAAAAAAUUGAAUUAAAUGAUGUGAUAGCUGUAUUGAAUAAUGUUUAUUCCACUUCUGGUGCGCUUGAUAAUAAUGAUGAAAACUCUGAAAAAUUACCGUUACAGCAAGAAUUAGUGGUAUGCGCAUUAUUAUUAUUAUUGUCUUCUACUAAAAAAAAUCAAGUAAUUACUAUAGGAAGAGUAUUCAAUGUUUUUACAACUAUUUGUAAAAAACGCAACAUUCAAGUAAGGGAUUUGAGCGAAUUCAUAACUAUGUGUUCAUUAUUAGAAACAAGAGGUGUAAUCAAGAUCUUUGGACAAAAUAUAAAUAGAUUAUCUAAAGUAUUGUUACUUUGGGAUAAAAAUGAAAUUGAUGAUGUACUACAUGACAAACAGCUUUUGGUCGACGUCUUAAAUGAUAAAUCACUAUUAAUACAAUAAUAUUCUAUCUAAAUCAAAGUGUAUGAUUUAUUUCCUUUUUACUACCUUUAAACAUUUGUAGCAACUAUUUAAACUGUUUUUACGUUUAUAAUGAAGCAUUACCUAUAGAAAAUGCAUUAUUUUUAUUUAAUUUUAAUUAAUGUGUUUAGGAAAUUUUAUUUUGUACUAUGAUUGUUU